AUGAAUCACGCACGUUUAAAUGUGGUGGUGCCGUAAACAAUUGGUGUGGCUGCAUGUCUUUUAGUUUUGUGGUAAUGACGGCUGAAGUAGACAUUGUGUUGGUUGUGUGUAAUAUGUGAUGCGAAGUUGCUGUGGUUUGGUUUACAAAGUUCAAAAAAUCGUUUUACGCCUUGUUCCUCCGUAGUCUGUGAUAUUUGUUAUUUGUGAUCAAGAUUGCACAAAGUGAUAAUUGGCGAAAUAGGUGAACAUGGAGCCAUCCCGACACGACUAUACAGAAUUAAUUAGAAGGCUGCCUUUGAAAUUACGUUUGGCCUAUGGCAUUGGGCACGUGUUAAAUGACAUUUGUGCCUCCAUGUGGUUUACGUAUCUAUUAGUGUUCUUCCAUUUAGUAUUAAAAUUCGAUAGUUUCUUGUCAGGGGUAGUAUUGCUAGUUGGGCAAGUGGCAGAUGCCGUGGCAACACCUUUUAUUGGUUUACAGUCUGACCGGGAUGAUGACUUCUGGCUCUGUAAAUACGGACGAAGGAAAACCUGGCAUCUUUUAGGAACUAUAUGUGUUCUGGGAAGCUUCCCCUUCAUUUUCUCACCAUGCCUGAAUUGCGAAGGAAGCCAUCAGAUGGCACAACUGGUGUACUACUCAGCAUUUAUCAUCAUUUUUCAGUUUGGUUGGGCUUCUGUGCAGAUUUCACACCUUUCAAUGAUACCUGACCUAACUCCAAGUGAACAUGAGCGUACUGAACUGACUGCCAUCAGAUAUAGUUUUACAGUUUGCUCUAAUGUGUUGGUGUAUCUUAUCACAUGGCUUGUCCUCCAUAUUGGCAGUGAGAAUGAUGCACAGAUCGGUCCUGGGGAUAUAGGAAAGUUUCAGCAUAUAGUGUUGAUUGGAAUUGGUAUAGGUGCUCUGACAUCAUCGGCGUUCCACUUGUUGGUGAGCGAGGGUUCCGCCCCCGGCCACGUGCGACUCGCAGGCCAGAGGAAGUCCGCGGGCAGUCUGCUGAAGGACGUACAGUUGUAUCAGGUGGCGCUAGUGUACAUGUCCACGCGUCUGUUUGCGAAUCUGAGUCAGGUUUACAUUCCUCUGUACCUACAUGAAUCUCUCAGCAUGGGUGCAGAGAGCCUUGCUGUGGUCCCACUCGUCAUGUUCUUGUCCAGCUUUGCGAUGUCACUGCUUGUCAAUGUUCUGAACAAGAAGUGCGGUAGGAAGCUCGCAUUCUUGGUUGGGGGAAUUUUGGGUAUUUCAGCCUGUGUAUGGAUUCACUUUGGCUCAGGAGUCUUCUACACAAAGUAUGGGAUUUAUCUUGUCGCAAUACUUCUAGGUGCAGGAAGUUCAGUCAUGUUAGUGACUAGUCUGGGUAUAACAGCUGAUCUGAUUGGUCCGAACAUAGAAAGCGGAGCUUUCGUAUAUGGAACAAUGAGUUUUAUGGACAAGUUAUCUAAUGGGGUUGCUGUAACAGUAAUUCAAGACCUGAAAAGUACAACGCUUUCCCCCGACUACUACCGUGAUGUCCUAAUGUCUGUGUGUGGUGGUGCUGCCAUUUUUGGCUUGGUCGUAUUAGCCACGCUUGCACCCUUCCAGAUUGGAACCAAAAGAACAGCAGAUGGUGAACCUGUUUAUGCGGCAAUAGAGUCAAAUCCAGAAUUUGAGUCUGAGCCAACACACUCUACACCUUUAAUUCAAAAUGACAACCAAGUAGUUAUUUCAUAAUGAUACAUUGUUUUGUUAUAUAAGAUGGCUGUGAUUUAAGGACCUCCUCAUGUUGUUAUAAUUGGAGAAGAAGGUUAAUUAAUGGUAUGCUGGUCUUUUUUUUUUCCUGCAGUUACCACUCAAUGCCUAGUGUUGUAUAACAUCGCGUCUAUGAGUUGUUAUAUUUUAAGGAAGAAGGAAUAUUUUGUAUUAUUACUAUUUGUAUACCUUUAAUCACUUAUGUAUAUUUCUAUGACUCAAAACGUGUUUAUGGAAAGUAAGCCCAAUUUUUCAGUAUUAUCAGAAAUGUGAUAUAGACAUUUUUAUGACACUAAGCCCAUAUAUCAAGUAGAAAAUGUCCAGCGUUGCUAGAAGGAUAGAGUUUAGGAAGUCUGUCUGAUUGGUAACAAUCUCACAUUUAAUGUGGAAUGCAGUAUUACUAGUAAAUGUCAUAAUUUUUACAUUUUUUGAUUCAUUGUUUAUCUAGAUUGAAGAAAGUAUUUUAAAUUCAGAAAAAUAAAAUGAAAUUAUCACAUUUACCUCAGUGUAUUUUCAUACAGGUGUGCAUUUAUUGAUUUGUUAUGCUUAAUUAUCUGCUGUCAAUGUUCCUGAACUAAAAAUUAUAUAUCUUAGUCCUCUUCUAGUGGCUAGAGGUGUUGAAAAGAGUUCUCUGCUUCCUUUGGUUUGUGACUUGGACAUUGUGAUAGCCGGCCUGAAGACUGGUUGAGAAAUGAGAAACUCCUACUGUAACAUGAAAGUGGGCAAAUCCUGUCUCAAGAAUUAAGAUAUUUCAACCAGCGGUACCUCUGAACUGGCAGGGACCAAGCCUCUUCCAGGCUAGGGUACUGCAGGAAUGGCCUGCACAUACUUGAACUUUAUCUUGAAAGUACUGCAAUCAAAUAAUGGUACAGUAGGGCCCCGCUUUUCGGCCCUCCGCUUUAUGGCGA